GAUUCUCCCACGUCCAAAACCCAAAUCAAUCCCUUGUUUCCACCUAUGUUUCUUUCCCCUCUCUGGGAGUGAACAGAGGCAGGAAGCAAAUACAGGAGAGAAGAAGGAAGAAUUUGAUCUCAAGGAAUAAAAGUCUGCAAAGAGCUUGAUUUCGAAUCUUCUGAAUGUCAAGUUAGUUUGGAAUACGUAAAUAUAAAGCAGAUGGAAGGAAGGAGGAUAUCGGCCAGCCCUAGGCCAUGCAGUGGGAGGAGAGUGUGGGCUAAUAAGAAGAGGCCUCGUCUUGAUGGUUAUGUCAAUACCUUCAGUAAGCUGCUCAGGCGUGAAAUUUCAUCAAAGCCUUGUUUUUCUAUCUCAAAUGCCCACGAGAAGUUCCGCAAUAUGCGUUUGGUGGAGGAAUACGAUAGCCAUGAUCCCAAAGGCCAUUGUCCAGUAGCACUGCCCUUUCUGAUGAAGAGGACGAAAGUAAUUGAGAUAGUGGCUGCAUGUGACAUUGUUUUUGCUCUUGCACAGUCUGGUGUAUGUGCUGCUUUUGAUAGAGAGAGAAGCAAGAGGAUAUGUUUUGUAAAUGUUAGUCCUGAUGAAGUCAUCCGAAGCUUAUUCUAUAACAAGAAUAAUGAUUCACUUAUUACAGUUUCAGUGUAUGCAUCGGACAAAUUCAGCUCAUUGAAGUGCAGAUCUACAAGGAUUGAGUGCGAAGAUAUUUUGCAUCUUUUUUCUACUUUGUUCAUCUCUUACGUGCGAUUUCUCAUAUUGAUGUAUUUCUUUCAUAAAUGCUUUAGAUAUAUACGGAGGGGUAAACCGGAUGCAGGUUUCGCUCUUUUUGAGUCCGAAUCUUUGAAAUGGCCUGGCUUUGUAGAGUUUGAUGAUGUUAAUGGAAAGGUGCUAACUUACUCUGCCCAAGAUAGCAUAUACAAGGUGUUUGAUCUCAAAAACUAUACCAUGCUGUACUCUAUAUCGGAUAAACAUGUACAUGAAAUUAAAAUAAGUCCAGGUAUCCUGUUAUUGAUUUUUAAUAGGGCUAGUGGUCACAUUCCUCUUAAGAUUCUGUCCAUAGAAGAUGGGACAGUUCUGAAAACCUUCAAGCAUUUACUUCAUCGAAAUAAGAAGGUAGACUUCAUUGAACAAUUCAAUGAGAAACUUCUUGUUAAGCAGGAAAACGAAAACCUCCAGAUUCUUGAUGUUCGAAGCUCCGAGCUGAUGGAAGUUUGCAGAACUGAAUUCAUGACUCCAUCAGCAUUCAUUUUUCUGUAUGAAAACCAGCUAUUCCUAACAUUUAGAAAUCGGACUGUCGCUGUUUGGAACUUUCGCGGGGAGCUUGUAACUUCAUUUGAGGAUCACCUCUUAUGGCAUCCAGACUGUAACACAAAUAACAUUUAUAUAACCAGUGAUCAGGAACUUAUUAUAUCUUACUGCAAGGCGGAAUCUGAUGAUCAGUGGAUGGAAGGAAAUGCUGGAUCUAUCAAUAUCAGCAACAUCUUGACCGGAAAAUGCUUGGCAAAAAUAAAUGCCUCAAAUGGCAGUCCCAAGGUUGACAGCUCGCAGAUGAGAAGCACAGUUUCAGAAGCUUUAGAAGACAUAACUGCCCUCUUUUAUGAUGAAGAGCGCAAUGAGAUCUACACCGGAAACAGACAAGGUUUAAUUCACGUAUGGUCUAAUUGAAGAUUAGAUAGUUCCUUUGAGCUUGCCUUACUACAUAUUGGCUAAAUUAUAAUGUAUUGCCAAAAUGCCUUUGAAUUGUAUGAUUAGAUAAUUCUAAAAUUUUCAUGGCAUUUUAUAGAUUUGUACUUUUGUGCUUUAUAGACUCUCUGCUUCAGAUGUAAAGCUUCAGCUCGAAUGCAGAGUUUCAUUUCAUUAUCUUUAUACUCAGUGUAUUCUUUUAUUGGCUUAUGAUUUUGCGUUUUGUAA